AUGAUAACGCAAUAUGCAAGCUUGGUUGAAACUCCUUUUUGGAAUUCAAGUCCACAUUAUACCUAUAUUAACUGGGAACAUGCUGAUGAUGAAAUGGAAAAUAUAGAUGUUGAUCCUGAUCAAGCAUGGAGGGAGGGUGAUGCAUUAGUUGUUGGUCAAAAAUUUGAGUCUAAAGAAGAUGUUAAAAUGGCUAUUAAAAGCUUUGCAUUGAAAACACAUCAAAGUUAUAUUGUGGUGAAAUCAAACCCGACCAAAUUUCAUGUGAAAUGCCCAAAUCAUAGUAGAGGAUGUCCUUGGAGGGUUAAAGCAACAUUGGGUAAGAAUUUUGAAAUGGAAAAUAUAGAUGUUGAUCCUGAUCAAGCAUGGAGGGAGGGUGAUGCAUUAGUUGUUGGUCAAAAAUUUGAGUCUAAAGAAGAUGUUAAAAUGGCUAUUAAAAGCUUUGCAUUGAAAACACAUCAAAGUUAUAUUGUGGUGAAAUCAAACCCGACCAAAUUUCAUGUGAAAUGCCCAAAUCAUAGUAGAGGAUGUCCUUGGAGGGUUAAAGCAACAUUGGGUAAGAAUUUUGACAAGUGGAAAAUCACAAGGUGUGGUAGACCACAUACGUGUUUUCAUGCAAUGAUGUCUCUUGACUACAAAAAAUUGGAUUCAAACUUCAUUUGUAGUUGCGUUCUUGUUUCUUACAAGAAAGCAUGGAAGGCAAAACAAAAAGUUAUAGUCAAGGUUUUUGGUGAUUGGGAUGAAUCGUAUGCCACAUUGCCAAGAUGGUUGGAGUACAUGCAAUUAAAUUCAUCUGGGUCAGUAUACAAAAUUGAAACCAAUGACUAUGUGAGGGAUCACCAAGUGGAUAACAGAUAUAGAGUGUUUCAUCGAUUAUUUUGGUCAUUCCAACAGUGCAUCACUGCUUUCAACUUUUGCAAACCUUUAAUACAAGUAGAUGGUACAUUCUUGUAUGGUAAGUACCGGCAAACUUUACUGAUUGCUACUGCACAAGAUGGAAAUAAUUGUGUCCUUCCAAUUGCCUUUGCCAUUGUGGAAGGGGAGACUUUGUCAGCAUGGGAAUGGUUUUUGGCUCUGAUCCGUCUUCAUGUCACUGAAAAGGCAGGAUAUACAACAUGCAAGCAAAGAUUUGAAGAAAAACUUGAACAGUUUUGUAAUGAAUCAGAAGACAUUCGAAAAUGGAUUAACUGCAUAUCCAAAGAAAAAUGGACUUUGGCUUAUGAUGAGAAAGGAAGACAUUAUGGGCAUAUGACUACCAAUUUAUCUGAAGCUGUGAAUAAAAUUUUAAAAGGUGCACAAAAUUUGUCAAUUACAGCAUUGGUGAAAUGUACAUAUGCACGUUUAGUAGAGUAUUUUGUGAAGCGUGGUGAAAAAGCAACAACAGAGCUUAAUGCAGAAGAAGCUUUUAAUCCUAUCACCCAACGUGGUGGUAACAAAUGGACUGUGAUUUUAUCAAAUAGAUUUUGUGUUGAUCCUGUUUAUUCUGUGCAAUCUGUUGUUAAUGCAUACUCAUCUGAGUGGUGGCCACUUGGAAAUGACAAUAAUAUCUUAAGAUCGAAUGAGUGGAAGUUAGUACCAGACGACCAAAGAUCAAGGAAAAUAGGUCGACCUAAAUCUACCCUUAUUAGGAAUGAAAUGGAUUGGAUUGACUCUCAACCACAUCAACAGUGUGGCAGGUGUAAACAGUCUGGUCACGACCAACGUCAUUGUGCUAGGCAUAAUGAACCUACAUGA